AUUUACUGGUAAGGAAACUGUGGGCUGGUCUGGUGGCCGCCUUAUUUGUCCCUUCCUCUCAAAUUGGCAAUUGCGUUCGCUGCUUGGAAUUUUGUAUCUCUCAAAAUUUCUGCCCUCCAUGGCUUCGCCGUCUGAUUCUGCUGAGCCGCAAGUUAUAAGGAGGAGAAAAGGACCCGCGUUUGAGUAUUUGGUUCCACUUGUUUAUGCACCUGUCCUUCCCCUGAUUAGGAUAGCUCUGAGGCACAAGCCAGUUCUUAGGGAUCGUUUGUUCUAUGGUGUUUUGGCGGGUGCAUUUGCCCAUGGCACUUAUUUAGUUACAGAUCUAUAUGAUGCUGAAAGCAAGUGAUAUGGCAAAUCUUACCUGGAGAUAUCUUGUUUGGUUAGUGUCCUACAGCAACUUUAAACGAGAUGCAUUUUGAUACUCUGAUGACAUUUCUUAUAACAUAAAUUUAUGCUGCAACUUUAGCUGUUUUAAGGAAUUUUACUUAUUUUGCUGAAACAACUUGUAGCUAAGGAACUUCACAGUUUGGAAAUUGCACAAGGUUGAUUUCUUAAUUUAUAUAUGUCGUUUCAUAUUAUACAUUCCUCGCAAAAAAGAGGGAAGUAUAUCUUUUUUCUUAA